AUGAAAAUCAUCGUUGCUCUCACACUCUUCUUUUCUUUCGCAUCAGCGACACUCAAAGGCAUUUUGAUCAACAAGACAACUAACCACCUGAUGGACCACAACACCAAUCGACACCGUUCCAGCGGCGUCCCAUCCCAUCUCGACCAAAUCUGUCAAUUCUGGCUGGACCAAGCAACUUCCAACCGAGCAAAACUCGCUGCCUACGAAAAAUGCGCAAAACUCGUCCAAAGUCCGAAACUCCAAAAGCCACAAGCUAGCUUCAGACGAAACAUCUACCGACGCAGAAUGCUUCAAUAA